CCCCGCGGGCGUGGCGGAGCGGGCGGGCAGCCCACCGCCCCCGGGGCCAUAAAGAGCCGCGGCCGCAGCCCGGCCCAGCGACUUGGAGGCGAGCGGUGCAGGCAGCAUGACGGCCAUAGGGGCGCAGGCACAGAGGCUGCUGGCACACAGGAGGCCCCAAAAAGCCUUCUUUGAAACCUUCAUCCGGAGCCUGAUCAUCCUGUGCGUGGCCAUCGCUGUGGUCCUCUCGUCCAUCUCUGUCUGUGACGGCCGCUGGCUCUUGGCGAGGGGGGAGCUCUUUGGGCUGUGGCACUUCUGUGCCAUCGGCAAUGACAGUGCCCCACGGUGCGUCACCGACCUGCGCCUGGCCCGUGUGGAGGGGCUCAACGUGGGCAUGAUCCUCAUCCGCAGCAUGGUGUCCUCCGCCGUGGCCGUGGCUAUCUUCGGCCUGGAGCUCCUGAUGGUCUCCCAAGUCUGCGAAGACGCCAGCUCAAGAAAGAAGUGGUCCAUGGGCUCGGUGCUUAUCCUUGGCUCAUUUCUACUGUCAGCCACGGGGGUUCUGAGCUUCCUGAUCCUCAUGAAGGAUCAUCUCACCUUCACCGGCUUCACGCUGACGUACUGGUGUGAGUUCAUUGCUGCCUUCCUCUUCUUCCUCAACGGGAUCAGUGGGCUCCACAUCAACAGCAUAACGCACCCCCGGAAUGGGGCAGGGAAGAUCUAGGUGCAAAGGGUGUGCUCUGCCUUUGCGCAAUCAGCUUUGCCAAUUAGACUGGAAGAAAAGGGAGCCUAAUGAAGUUUGAAAAGGACACGGUGCCUUAGGUUGCAUGAGCAGCAUGGUAGGCACAGACUACAGCUGGCUGCAUGUGGCUCUCUGGAAGGAUGAACAGAGGAGGAGACCUCCACUGAGUGUGCCGAGGGAUGGUAGGCUGCUGCCUACACCAGCAGGCUCAGCCCUGGGCCUUACCCAGCCUGUGCUGCUGUGGUUUGGUACCACCAGGCUUUUCCCCACACUCUGGAGCCCAUGUGUGGUCCAAUUCCAGUGUACCUCAUGGCUUUGUUAUAUCUCAGGGAUGGGUUACGUGUGCCUGGCUGUGUGUACUGGCACAGCUUACUGAAAAUCUCUGCUGGGUCCUACUCCUUCUUUCUCUUUGAAAGUGAAGGCAUGCAGACUUCAAUCUGAUCCCAUGUUGUGUCCUGCUGCUGUGUUCCCUGCAUCUGUCCCAUUCUCAGUGGCCACCCCACAGCCCCUUUAUAUAGUUUGCUGUGAUGGGACUUUACUCAUCCUGGGUUCUUUUCCAUCCCCCUGCGACAAGAGGAGCAUGGUUGGGUGGGCACACUGGCUGGGCAGGCCAUGUCCUGUCUCACGCCACUUGGCUGGGAUGUUUCAGUCAUCAGAGUCACUGUGCAAUGAGCUCAUCCUCUAGGUGAGUCUCCUGUUAUGUUUCUACUGGGUAGAGAGAACUGUAGGUCCUCCUGAUCAGAACAAACCCUUGAUUAACCUGGGAGGAAGAGCUGAUGGGAGGAGCUCUUGACCUGCUGCAGCUGGUGGAAGUCCGUGGAGGUUGGUCACUCCCUGCCAGUGUCCCAGUUAACCUCUGAAACUUCUGCAGCUUUGAAGUUCUGCGUGGUGUCUGAUGAAGACCUCAGCAAAAGACCUCGUCGGUUGUUUGUCCCAAAUGCAGUCAGCCCUUCCCACGUACACUGCUGUUGACCCAGAGCACAUUUAUCUCAUGGUAUUUGAGGGCUCCUGGUUGAAUGACUCUUGUAUCUGCUGCUAGAACAGCUUGUAUUUCAUUCUAGGACAAGUGAUUCUGUGUGUUUCAUCUCUGUAGUCUGAUAGUUAUUGAGCAAGAUUCUCAAUUCCCAUGCAAUCAAACUCAAUUUUUCACCUGAGAUAAAAGCACUACAGCAGGAAGGCCAAGAGAGACACAAGUGAGCAGCUUCAAAUUGGGACUGUUAGGAAACAGCUUUAAGCCUUGGGGCUUGAUCAGGGUUCCUGCCCUGAAGUCCAUAAGGUCUGGUCCCAGAUGGCUGCCCCUUGCUGUUAUGGGAUGGCUGAAUGCCUGAAGGCACAGUGCACCAGUUCUGGGGUGCCUGUUGUGGGCAGGACAAUCCUCCCUUGCUCAAAAACCUGGGUGUGUCCUCACUGAAUGCCUUCCUGGUGGCAUUUGCUAUUAGAACUGAGCUGCUUGUGGGAUGCUGCCUGCAGCUCUAGCCCUGGGGAAGGGUGCAGUGUGCCCCAGCGGGUGCCUCCUGCCCUGCAGGGGAGGCAGAUGACAAUUAGCCUUUAUGUUCUUGCAAGACUUUUUGCAAUUGAGAAUGAUUUGAGGAUGCCCUCUGCUCGCUGCAGAAGAGCUCUUUUGUUGGGGGUAGGAGUCCUCAAGGGAAAACACCGAGCCUUUUUUUCUGACUGGUUUUGUAUUGUACUGCUUGACUUACCAAUGCAGGGUGAACGUGACUGUUCAUUUUCCGAAUCCUGUGGAAGUGCCGAGCAAUAUUCCUGAAUGUUGUUUAAUAAAUGCCUUUGAAAUAA